AUGCAGCCAGCGUUUGACUUUACACAAUGGCCUCCCCUUAUAUCUAACAAAGAUCGUAACGCUCUACAGUACCGUGCUACUAGCUAUGCUCUAGCUCAUGGCUUACUCUAUCUGCCUAUCGGUGUCCAGCCUCCGAAACUCACUUCAGCAAUACAUGCCCCGAUAUCUUUGUUUCCUACUCCCUUUCCAAGAGAUCAGUUCGAGCAAGCACAGAGGCUACAGUCUAUCUAUAACAUACUAUACUCGCGCAUUGCGAUGGAUAUUGAGUUCUUGGAUCAAACUAUGGGAACUGAGGUAGGGGUAGGGCAGGUGGAUGAAUUCACUGGCCAACUAUGGUCGGGAUGGCGUGAUUUGCGCGAGAGAGGACUUGCUCAACCGUUGCAUCUAGGUUUAUUUCGAUCUGACUAUUUACUGCAUCAACGGGACUCCGAACUGUCCCUUAAGCAGGUGGAAUUCAACACCAUAUCUUCCUCUUUCGGAGCCUUAGCACAGAAGACUGCUGAGAUGCAUCGGAGUUUGGAAAUCUCGACAAAAUUUUACACCAACUCGGCUCAUUUAACCGCUAGCAACCUGCCUCCUAAUCAUAGCACGUCGGGUUUGGUAGAAGGACUAGCGGCUGCCCAUGCGGCGUACAAUGUUGAUGGGUCGAGGAUCCUCUUUGUCGUUCAAACUGGCGAGAGAAAUAUCUUCGAUCAGCUUUGGUUAGAAUAUGAGCUUUUGGAAAAAUACUCUAUUCACGUCGUCCGGCGUACAUUUGACGAGCUUGCUCAUCAAGUCAAAUUAUCGGAGAAAGACUUCGCGCUAAUUAUAGAGUCUCCAGACGAGCGUCCGGUGGAAAUUUCUACAGUCUAUUAUAGAUCAGGAUACACCCCGGAUGAUUUUCCUACCCAAACACAGUACCAGACCCGGUUCAAACUCGAGCGUUCUAAGGCUAUCAAAUGUCCUUCGAUACCUCUUCAACUUGCGGGAGGCAAAAAGGUCCAGCAAGUACUCACUGAACCUGGGGUCCUCGAGCGAUUUCUUUGCGAUGAGAAGAAAUAUGGCUCUCAAGGCGUGUUUUCCGCUCAAGCCCUUGCCGAUCUUCGGACAAGCUGGAUGGAGAUGUGGCCACUAGAUUUAGAUGGUGACGCUGGAGUUGGCCAGGCUCGAGGGAGAGCUUUGGAACUUGUUCUCAAGCCGCAACGUGAAGGAGGGGGGAACAAUGUUUAUAAGGAAGCCAUACCGGAAUUUCUCGUUUCCCUACCUCCGAGGGAGCGGCCAGCGUGGAUUGCGAUGGAGCUGAUUUCUCCACCUUUGGGAUUGAAGAACUAUCUAGUGCGUGCAGGGUCGGAAGAGUGUGUCGAGACAGAGGUGGUAAGCGAACUAGGUAUAUUCGGUUGGUCGUUGUUUGGAGAAGGGAAAGUCAUAAACGAGAAAGAGGCUGGAUGGCUAGUGCGGACGAAGGGCAAGGACAGUAAUGAGGGUGGUGUUGCUACUGGAUUUUCAGUUUUGGAUUCUCUAGUUUUGGUCGAUUAG